AUGAUGCUUCAACUAGACCCAGCUGAACUAUUGAGAGAGACACUAGAGGGUUGUGAUAUCGAGACAGAUCUAGACACAAUAGACCGUAUUGCAGAGAACUUGAAACAAUUGCAAGAUGAAAGAAACCAAAACAUAAUAACAGAACAACAAGAACUGCAAGAACUUUCAGAGAAACUAGCAGAUGAACAACAAAAUAUAGAAAGUCUGGAAAAUUCAAGCACUAGACAAGAAAUCAAAUCAAAAUUGAAAACAAACCAAUCAUUAGAAUUAUCUAUGAAUAAAAAUUUGAAAGAAUUAACAUCAAUAAAGCAAGACCUCUCUACAAACUUGAGUAAUCUAGUUGAUGAUUAUAACUCACUAGAUAAACAAAUUGAAGAAUUAGAUUUCAUUGAAGAUGAUGAAGAUAAGGAUGCUAUAGUGCUUAAAUUGAUGGUUUAUAGAAAGUUUGGGUUGAAAAUUGAUAUUCCAUCAAAUACUUUGAUUAUUUAUAAUAAAGAGAAGAAUCUUACUGAUUUUUUAAACUAUGGUGAUGAGAAAUAUAGUGAUUAUUUCAUUUCAAAUUAUAUAUGGGAUAGGUUUUGA